GUAGCGCAGGGCUACAGCCAACCACUUGCCCAUUACUCUACCUCCCACGGGAAAAACCACAGCCACGACAACGUGAAACUCCACACCACACACCCACCUUUCAUUCUCUCAUCAUCUAUUUAAACCUUCAAACCCCCACGUCUCCUCACCAUCGCCAAAUUUCCAUCUCCUCCUCUUUUUCCUCAAUCUCUAACCGGAGCCAUCUCGUCAGACCAAAAAGGGGGAAUCUUUCAGAGAUUCUGGAUCGGAUUUUCUUUUUCUGGGUUGUCGCUCUUUUCUGGGUUACUCUUUUUUAUUCAGGGGAAGACGAGUUGUAGACAUCACGGCUAUACACGGAGUAACUCGGUAUAUUAUUCAUGUCCGCGCUGUACGACGUAAGGGUUGUGUGAUAGAAACCAUCCCUUCGCCGCACGGCGGGCGUGGCGCUUUGCCUUCUGAAGGCGGUAGUCCUUCCGAUCUCCUUUUCCUUGCUGGCGGUGGUCAAGCUUCUCUCUGCUUUUCUCCUGUAUAUUAGUCUUAGUUUUAGGGCGUAUAUAUAUUUUUGUCUUUUACUCAAGGCCUUUGUUGUUUCCUAUUAAGCACCCAGAAGACUCGUUUUUCUUUUGUGGGGUUGUUUGUAAAAUCGAGAGACAGACAGCAAGAUGUUGAGCAUCAAGAGGGUUCCCACCGUCGUAUCAAAUUAUCAGAAGGAUGAGACGGAAGAAUGCUCUCGCCGUGUCGGCGGUUGUGGUCGGAAUUGCCUUAAUAAGUGUUGCAUACAAGGGGCAAAACUUCCGUUAUAUGCUUACAAGAAGCUGGACAAGACUGAUAGCCGCAACGCCGUGCAUGGGCAUGAGAUUAGGGAGUGUCCUGUUGCUUUCCUUGAUUCCCUUCUUCUUGGGGAGUGGGAGGAUCGUUCGCAGAGGGGACUCUUUCGAUACGACGUUACUGCCUGUGAAACCAAGGUGAUCCCGGGUGAAUAUGGCUUCAUUGCUCAGCUCAACGAGGGCCGCCAUCUCAAGAAGAGGCCUACUGAAUUCCGUGUUGAUAAGGUGCUUCAGCCUUUUGAUGGGAAUAAAUUCAACUUCACCAAAGUGGGACAAGAAGAGGUGCUCUUUCAGUUUGAAGCCAGUGAAGAUGGUGAAACUCAGUUCUUUCCCAGUGCACCAAUUGAUGUUGAGAAUUCACCUAGUGUUGUUGCCAUCAACGUCAGUCCAAUUGAGUAUGGACAUGUUUUGUUGAUUCCCCGGGUUCUUGAGUGCUUGCCACAGAGGAUUGACCGGGAGAGCUUCUUGCUUGCACUUCACAUGGCAGCUGAGGCAGGAAAUCCAUACUUCCGUUUGGGUUACAAUAGUUUGGGUGCAUUUGCUACUAUCAACCAUCUUCACUUCCAGGUU